GUUUGGAAGUAAAUUUAAUAAGUUUUAUUCCAAUAAUAGUGCAGAAAGGAUUAAGUGAAGAGGUUGAAUCUGCAAUUAAGUAUUUCUUGAUUCAAGCAGUAGCUUCAGCUUUACUGCUUUUAUUAGCUUCUAUAGUAUUUUGAGAGCAAGGAGAUUGAUCUAUAGUAAGAAGGAAAAUUUUUAGUAGAAGUUUUAUUAUAAUAAGUCUUCUAUUAAAAAUGGGGAUAGCACCUUUUCACUUUUGACUUCCAGGAGUAAUCAGCGGUUUGUCUUGGGUAUCUAAUUCUUUAUUAAUAACUUGACAGAAAGUUGCUCCUUUAUUUCUCAUUUGUUUUUUUUUCUAUAUCUCGUCUAUCCAAGCAAUUAUAAUGGUAUUAAUAUCAAGAUUCUUUGGAGGGGUUGGUGGACUUAAUCAAACUUCUAUUCGAGGAUUAUUAGCCUAUUCUUCAAUUCUUCAUAAUGUUUUAGGAUCAAUAAUUAGAUUAUAUUAUUAUUUAAUUCUAGGGUUCUCUGUAAUUUUAAGGAGUUCUGUUUCUUGAAAAAAAAUGAAUAAAAAAGAAUUUUUUUUUAUUAGCAUAUUUUUAGUAUUAAAUUUAGGAGGUAUUUGUUUUAUUAAUUAUUUGGGAGCUUUAAUUUAGUAUGCGAUGAUUUUUUUCUACUAAUCAUAAAGAUAUUGGAACUUUAUAUAUUUUAUUUGGAAUUUGAUCAGGGCUAGUGGGAACUGCACUAAGUCUUCUAAUUCGUGCUGAGUUAGGACAGCCUGGGGCUUUACUAGGGGAUGACCAAUUAUAUAAUGUUAUUGUUACAGCUCAUGCUUUUGUAAUAAUUUUUUUUCUAGUAAUACCUAUAAUGAUUGGGGGAUUUGGUAAUUGGUUAGUUCCUUUAAUAUUAGGUGCUCCAGAUAUAGCUUUUCCUCGGCUUAAUAAUAUGAGAUUUUGACUUCUUCCUCCUGCUUUAUGCCUAUUAUUAGGUUCUGCUGCUGUUGAAAGAGGUGUGGGAACCGGAUGGACCGUUUAUCCUCCUUUGGCUGGAAAUAUCGCCCAUGCAGGAGGAUCGGUUGAUUUGGCUAUUUUUUCUCUCCAUCUAGCUGGAGUUUCUUCUAUCUUGGGAGCUGUAAAUUUUAUCACUACUGUUUUUAAUAUACGUUGAAAAGGAAUACAGCUGGAACGACUUCCUCUAUUCGUUUGGUCAGUAAAAAUCACAGCUAUUCUUUUACUUCUAUCUCUCCCAGUUUUAGCAGGGGGAAUCACAAUAUUGUUAACAGACCGAAAUUUUAACACAGCAUUUUUUGACCCAGCAGGAGGCGGUGACCCAAUUUUAUAUCAACAUUUAUUUUGGUUUUUUGGACACCCAGAAGUGUAUAUUUUAAUCCUUCCAGGAUUUGGAAUGAUCUCCCAUAUUGUAAUACAUUAUACGUCUAAAAAGGAAACUUUUGGCACCCUAGGAAUAAUUUAUGCGAUAUUAGCUAUUGGAUUAUUAGGAUUUAUCGUUUGAGCUCAUCAUAUGUUUGUAGUUGGUAUGGACGUAGAUACUCGUGCUUACUUUACUGCAGCGACUAUAAUUAUUGCAGUUCCAACCGGAAUUAAGAUUUUUAGAUGAUUAGCUACGGUUCAUGGUUCCCGAAUUAAGUAUGAAAGGGCUAUAUUAUGAGCGCUCGGAUUUAUUUUCUUAUUUACUGUAGGAGGAUUAACAGGAAUCGUCCUAUCUAAUUCUUCUUUAGAUAUUAUGUUACAUGACAGUUAUUAUGUAGUAGCACAUUUUCACUAUGUCUUGUCAAUAGGAGCUGUAUUUGCUCUCUUCGGAGCUUUUAAUUACUGAUAUCCACUAAUAUCUGGCCUUGUUUUACAUGAACGAUGGACUAAGUCCCAUUUUUUUAUUAUGUUCAUCGGAGUAAAUUUGACUUUUUUUCCUCAACAUUUCCUGGGGUUAAGAGGAAUACCUCGGCGAUAUUCAGAUUAUCCAGACGCUUAUAUAAAAUGAAAUGUAGUAUCUUCUAUUGGCUCUUUAAUUUCAUUUAUUGCAGUGCUGUUUUUCAUAUUUAUUGUCUGAGAAAGAUUAAUUUCUCAGCGAGGAGUUAUUUGAAGAAGACAUUUGUCCUCUGCUUUAGAAUGAGAUAACACUGUCCCUUUAGAUUUCCAUGGUAGUGAUGAAACAGGGGCGAUUGUAACUUAAGUUAAGAUA